GACUAUGAUAUUCUAGCACUUCAAGAGCCCCAUCUGACCUUUCUCGGCCUCACAACCAGCACGCCCAACUGGCACGUCAUCUACCCAACGCCACACAGGGUGGAUGGGGCGGGCCGCUCGCGCUCAAUCAUCCUCGUCAGCACCCGCCUCUCCACCGGCUCAUGGUCCGCCAUCCCCAUCCAACACUCUGAUCUGACCGCCGUCUCCAUCCACUCCAACGCUGCCACCAUUCACUUGUUCAACCUCUAC